UAGAAAGAAUAGGAAGAAUGAGAGAAGAGCACUGCUCACAUUCAGAUCAUAAUGCUGUAUCCAGAGCAGACGCAUGGAUAAAGAUGUUCUAAUGAUGUUUUAAGAGAUGGAAAACAUGUUACUGGUUGAUCAAAAAAUGAGAGCUCCAUUUCAGGAAUCUAGAGAGAAUGAAAAUGGGGAAGAAGAAGAGGAGGAAGAAGAAGAUUAUGAUGGAAAGGUAUUUCUUAAGCCGGUUGUUGAAGACAAAAACAUGGAACUUGCGAAAAGAUGUACUGAAAUGAUAAGCAAUGUACAUUAUAAAGAAGAAUAUGAAAAAUCUAAAAGCAAGUUCACAUUUAUACGUGACACCCCACAGCUAAUGCAUGUGAAAAAUCUCUCUGCUUUUAUAUCUGAGGCAAAAUAUAAAGCGAACGCAAAGAAAGAACUUUCUAAUUCACUUUACCAGCAGAUGCCAGCUACCAUUGACAGUGUAUUUGCCAAAGAGGUAAUGCAGCUUCAGAGCAAGGUUCACUACAAUAAGAAACACAUUUCUGAAAAAGGAACAUCAAACUAUGCACAAAUGAAGGAGCCUCCAGAUGUUAAGCAUGCCAUGGAAGUUAGCAAAAACCAAAGUAAUGUUUCGUAUAAGAAAGAUCUUCAGGACAUUCAUAAAUACACCGAAGUUUCAAAGAGACCUGAUGUAGUGAUGGCAACUCAGUUAACAAAGAUAAUAAGCAAUGCUGAAUACACAAAAGGAAGAAAAGAAAUGAGUAAAGAGCCAAUGGUACUUGGAAGACCAGACUUCAACCAUGCUCAAGAAGUUUCCAAAUAUUUAAGUCAAGUUAAAUACAAGGAGCAGUAUAUUAAGGAUAUGAAAAAUUACUGCUUCAAUCCUCUUGAAAGUGCUUCUUUCAAGCAAGCACAACUUGCAUCAGCCUUGGCAAGCAAUGUGAAAUACAAAAAAGACUUGGAAAACAUGCAUGAGCCAACUUCUGCCUUUCCAAAUCUGCUACAUUUAGAGCAUGUUUUGACUGCAACCAAGAUCCAUAGUAAUUAUGAAUAUAAAAGAAUCUUUGAAAAAAGCAAGGGAAUGUACCAUUUUCGACCAGAUACAGCAGAACAGCAACACCAUAAAGAAAAUGCUAUCCACCAAAGUCAGGUUAAGUAUAAAGAGAAAUAUGAAAAAUCAAAAGGAAAGUCUAUGCUGGAAUUUGUUGAUACACCAUUAUAUCAAGUUUCAAAGGAGGUGCAAAGGAUUCAAAGUGAGAAAAUGUAUCGAAAAGAAUUUGAAGAUAAAGUCAAAGGGAAGGCAGCACUGGAUUUAGACAAGACACCAGAAUUUUUGCAUGUGAAAAAUAUUACUAAGCUGUUAAAAAAGAAAGAUUAUAGAAAAGAUUUGGAAGAAGGGAUGAAGGGAAAAGGAAUGACGGUGUUUGAAGAUACGCCAGAUUUGAUUAGAGUGAAAAAUGCAGCUCAGAUACUAAAUGAGAAAGAAUACAGAAAAGAUCUGGAAAAUGAAAUAAAAGGCAAAGGAGUUAGGCUCAUUUCAGAAACUCCUGACAUGAAAAGAGCAAAGAGGGCAUCUGAAAUUGUUAGUGAGAAAGAGUAUAAAAAAGAUCUGGAGACUGAAAUUAAAGGAAAAGGAAUGCAGGUUGGCACAGAUACACCUGAAAUUCAGCGAGCUAAAAGAGCAUCUGAAAUUGCAAGCCAGAAAGAAUACAAGAAACAUCUAGAAAUGGAAAUUAAAGGGAAAGGAAUGCAGGUGGGCAUGGAUACUCCUGAUAUACAACGAGCGAAGAAAGCUUAUGAAAUUGCAAGCCAGAAAGAAUAUACGAAGCACCUGGAGACUGAAAUCAAAGGGAAAGGAGUGCAAGUGGGCACAGAUAUCCCAGAGAUACAGCGAGCAAAGAAAGCUUCUGAAAUGGCCAGCCAGAAAAAGUACAAAAAUGAAGCAGAAAAGAUGAUGUGUACCUAUUCUUCUGUGCUCGACACUCCUGAAAUCAAAAGGGUUAAAGACACACAGAGAAAUAUCAGUUCUGUACUUUAUAAGAAGGGGAUAGGUGCUGGCAUAGCACUAAGCGAGACUCCUGAAAUCGAGAGAGUAAAGAAAAAUCAGCAAAAUAUUAGUGCAGUGUGUUAUAAAGGACAGCUUGGUAAAGCUACUUCUGUGAGUGUCACUCCUGAAAUGGAAAGAGUUAAGAAAAAUCAAGAAAUUAUCAGCUCGGUCAAGUACAGAAGAGAUCAGCAACAAAUGAAAGGUAGACAUAGUAUGAUUCUAGACACACCUGAGCUAAGGCAUGUCAAAGAGACGCAAAACAACAUUUCGAUGAUCAAGUACCAUGAAGAUUUUGAGAAGACAAAAGGUAGAGGAUUCACUCCAAUAGUUGAUGAUCCUGUAACUGAACGGGUAAGAAGAAAUACCCAGGUGGUUAGUGAUGCUGCUUAUAAAGGAGUUCACCCACACAUAGUGGAAAUGGACAGGAGACCUGGAAUAAUUGUGGACCUCAAAGUUUGGCGCACAGAUCCUGGCUCCAUCUUCGACAUUGACCCUUUGGAAGAUAAUAUUCAAUCUAAGAGUCUCCAUAUGCUUUCUGAAAAAGCAAGGCGUUACAAUAAACAACAUUUACAUUCUACCAGUACUUCUGGCGUUGGGGAUGACAAGUCAGAUGGUUCUAUAUUUUCUUAUUCCAGUGAGGUAACAAAGCCAUCUAAUGAAGGAGCCCCUGUGCUUCCUGGGGCAUAUCAACAAAGCCAACCCCAAGGAUAUGGUUACAUGCACCAGACUAGUAUGUCGUCAAUGAGAUCAAUGCAUUCACAGCCACAUUCAGCUAACUUGAGAACAUACAGAGCUAUGUAUGACUAUAGUGCUCAAGAUGAAGAUGAAGUUUCCUUCAGAGAUGGUGACUACAUCAUCAAUGUACAACCAAUUGACGAUGGUUGGAUGUAUGGUACUGUUCAGAGAACUGGAAAAACUGGAAUGCUUCCGGCAAAUUAUAUUGAGUUUGUUAAUUAAUACUCACUAUUAGUCCUUCUCAGUUUUAUUUUGGUUUUAUCUAAUCUUUACAAGAGUAUUUUAAAAACACAUCUUCCUUACUUCCCUAUUAAUGUAUCAAUCUAUGUUCAUAUGCUGAAGUCUACAUACAUGUCCUCUAAGACAUCCAAGAAUCUCCAAGCUCCAAAAGUAUGCUAGUUAACAUGGUCUUUAAAAAUGAACUCUUGAUGGAAACUGGAAACCUGGUGCUUGUAAUCACGUAAAGGUUUCUGUCAAUUAGCUCCCAAAUAUAAUUCUGCCUUUACAGUAGGCUGUAUUUCUCAUUAAAGCUAUAAUCACAAAGCAGCAGAUAUUUUUUUAAUGUGUGACUUUGAAAUUGUGAAAGGCUAUAGCUUGCUGUUAAGAUUUGAGCCAUUAAAAACCCACAUGAACCAAAUUUAUAUAUAUUAUUUUUGUCGUAAUGAAUGAUGUAAUCCAAUGUUGCUUACUACUGCCUGGCAGCCUUAAACAAAAUAUAUCUUGUUCUUAAUGGUGAACAUUUCCUGAUAAACAAUUGUCCAGUCUACUGUAUCUACCCAGAAGUUCCUGUUUGCUCUCAUCCAUAGUGCCAGCUCAUGUCAGUCUUCCUAAACCAACUGUUGUGAAUGAUCCACGAGUUAUGAGAUAACUGUGUUUUUGCACAGCUAAGAGACUAUUUUAGAGUGCAUUUGUUAAUUCCUACCUUUUCUAUUUUGUUAAUUCCAACUUUUUUCUAUUUUCCCUUGUACUAAUGCUGUUUAUAUAGAAAUGAUUAUCUUCAAAGCACUUUACAAAUAACAUUUAUCUCCAAUUUUUCCUUCUGACAAGAAACUUGUCCUAGGAUGUUACAAUACAGUGUCAUGAAAGCAAAUGCUUUACUUGUAACAGUGUAAUGGGUAAUGGAGUUUACAAUAUGAAUGUGAGCUUGGAUUUUGAACUGACUGGCAAGCAAUGUGUGUUUUCUCCACAAAUGAUUACUAGAAGAAAAUAUGAUUAGACUUUUAAUAGAUUUCUAUUCUUGUAAAUACAUAACUCAUUGAAUUGUUCAAUAAGUAAAGCAUGGUAGCCAUUUGAGACAUUUUACUAUCAUAACAAGGUGAGCAAUGCAAAAAAAUAUAUAUACUAUUUUGCACAUUUGAAAAGAAGCAUGCUAUCCAUUCACAUAGUGCUACUAUCUCAACAGCUUGGUUCUAAUCAGCUUUAGAGGAAUAACAUAACCCUUCUGAGAUGUUUAAGACAUUUUAGGACAGGUCAUAUAUAUGGUCCUCAGAAUACUUAUGGCCCUUGAGUAGCUUCCUUGUGGCCUUUGGAUUUUCUGAAGCCCCACAAAUUUUUAUUCCCCCCCCGAAAAAUGUAUUUUUUUCUUGGCAAAAAUGUUUUGUUCUUUGACACAAUUUUGGGGUCCUCCAUCUCAAAGCCGGAAAAAAAAAAUCUAGGCCAAAUAUUAUUAGAAGCACCAAGAAUGUUACUUUCAGUCAGAUAACAUUAUGGCUGUGAUGGGCUAUAGUGGCCUACCUGAAAAUCAGAGGUGCCAAAAAUGGUCUUCUGACCACCAGCUUGUGCCCACCUCCAUUUUAGGACUGGAUGAGAACUGAUAUAGCAUAGUUGAUGAAAGAUGGGGAGAACAAUACUAAGAGAGGGGCUACUCUGUCAGCUUCUCUGGUAUUGAGGACCUUGUCAACGCAUAGAUAACUGGAGAAGAAAGCAAGAUACAUGUUCCUACUGUUUUUCUUUCCUGUGGUUCUGUCACUAUUUUUCCUUCCAUUCAAAUAAAGGGAAGCAGGAAAUGCCCUGUUUCAAUGUCUAUUGUUUCAUAAUGCCAGGAAGAACGUUGCCUGAAGUAGUUUUUAUGUCUAUGGAGCUUUCUGUUUGUGUCUCUAAGGUGGACAUAUCCUCCACCUUACCUAUAACUCUCCUUGAAUGGCUAUUGUCAUGAGUUGUGAAUGAAGAGCCUAAUACAAAUAUUACCUCUCUGACACAAGUUCAAUAGCUAGGUUUCGAUAAGGUAAUAAUACCAAGAUAUCUGUUUGUAAGAACUACAGUAAAAUGAAACAUGAGGCACUGUUUGCAAGUCCUUCUAAAGUAUCUUACAAAUGUGUUAUUAGGCUGGAUAGACAUUUUCUUCUUUCAAUAGAUGAGCACAUUUUUGAGAUUGUUUUUAUCAGGGGAAGAAAACCCAUGGACACAACCUAUUAUUCUUAACCCAGUGAACUUUUUCUCAAAUUACAUAGAAGAACAGAGGUUGGGAAAAUACUUUUGAGUAAACACAACAUUGUUUUGAAUGUCAGAAUUCAUUUUUCAGUCUAGAUAAAUUUCCAAUCCUAAUGAGUAAUGCAUAAAAAUAAAUAUAUUCAGAUACUUUCCUUAUUACAAAUGUCACUGUUUUCUUUUAUAAAUGUAUAAUGCCCUAGGUGUUCUGAUAUGGAAAUACUUUAUUUUCCUACAAACUCUGUUCAAUUUCUGCCACUUGUGAUAAUUUGUCUCUUAUUUUUCUCUGUUUUUUAAAAAAAGAAUGUUUUUUAAAAAAUUAAAAUCAGGUAGGGAAGUGUAAACCCCCAAAAAGAUUGGUAUGUACAUUUGCAUAUAAGGGCUAGAAAAGCUGCGGCUAAUUGAAUGAAUUUCCGAAAUCAGGGGUUCAAUGGCCUGGGUCUAAUAUAGCGGGUCCAUUUUUGUACAUUGUACUUUUUAUUGUCUAAAGAAAGUAUAACCUAACUGCUUUUAAAAAGAUGCAUUCUCAAAAAGCCAGAGUGAUAUUUCAUGAUUAUUUUAGUAAUUAUUAAGGGUGUAAUGAUGUUUUAAACAUGCUUAGUCACUUGUAAGUGCAAAGAUUCAAGACUUCCUUUGCAAUGAAUUAUUCAUUUCUAUUAUUCUGUUUUAUCUAUCAGGGGAAAUAAAUACCUAUCCAGAAGAUUAGUAGCCAUUUUGUCUCUUGGCCGUCUUUCUGUUAGUAGAAGCCCUGCAAUUUCUUCCAUUGGACUCGCCCAGUUCUGGGCAUUUUAGUGUGAGCUGGACUAGCAGGAAAAUCAAAUCAGUGUUAAUAAGAGUCUAGUGGGUCAUUCACUUGUCCUGAAGUGAGACAGAACAAAAGUCUCCUGUGACCAUACUACUUCAAUUUACAUCUAGGGAAUGACUUUGAAUUUGCCUUUGCCACUUCAGUCUAUGGCAUCAAAAAGUGCCAUGAAAGACAAAUGUAAACUGUUAUUUGCAUUGCCACCUCAUUAUUUUUUUUACUUUGUAAAUAGCAUCUGAGGAGAAACAUCAAAAGUCUUGGAAGUGAGGAAAAUGGAAGGCAAAGGGAAGUUUAACUCUUUUAUCUCCUUGUACAGUCCUAGCAAAAAUCUCAUCUCUGAACCAGUAAUUUUCAUUUUGAAGGAGCCUCCCAUUGGUCCCAUUUCUCACAGCCAUUUCCAGAAGCCCCAAGAAUAUUUUCCAUUUCUCUGGAUAUGUUAAAAAUUAAGUAUACUUCCCUCGUGAAGCUUAAUGUUCUCAAGCAAUGAAGUGAUAAUGGCAGUCUUUGGGAUUUGCAUGAUAAAAACCCGAGAAAUGCUAUGGAGUGAGCGUUGCACUGGAGGGAAGUACAGUAAUUGGAUUCACAUGGUUCAAAUUAAAAGAAAGAAUAUGAAUUUCAGAAUUGGUAGGAGAAAAGUAGUGAUGUAGAUAUAUUUUGGCUCUCCAUCUCCAAUAUUAUCUCUGGGUACUAGUAAUGUUUUGCCGAUAAUAAUGGGAAGUACUUAUUUCUAGAAACAAUAUGUGAAAUCAUAUACAAGUUGUCACUUUUGGUAACUGUUACACAUAUUCCUUGUAAUGAUGGUUAACAUGCAGUUAGCACUCUGCAGUAGAAUAGGAAUGGUGAUUUACAUGAUAUGGAUGUAACUAAGACCUAUUAAGGUUAAAAUGUUUUCAAUUAACAGCCUACUGUUAACUGUUGGAUUAACUCUAGUUAAUACUGAAGUAGCAUGCUGGAAGCUGUCAAUGACCCAGAACUUUUAUUAUUUACUAGAUAGGAUAGAGCCAAUAGUUUUUGCUAGGAAAUGCAAAGAUGCCAAAUUAAAAUUGUGAAAUACUGUACAAUGCCUUCUUUAAUCCUCCUCUAUUUGGUUCUCCAAUAUUUCUUCAGUUCAUAAUCUAGGAUCCAAAGCAGUGGCAUGUAUAAAGAGAUGAGACCAGUGUGUAUUAGUCAGAGCUUCACUUGCUCUUGCUGUAUAUGUAAGGCAAUAUACACACAAACACAAACAAAAAUAUGAACUUUUCAGUUUCAGAUUUUUUUUUCUAGAAGUAGCUGCUUCCACCUGUUCAUGAUGGAGCACAUAUUUUUGAUGCUGAAAGUUACAGGUCCAGCCCUUGGUUUGUUAUUACUUUGUGCUUUUGUUUCAGACUUGUGGUGACACUAAAGUGAACCCAUCCUUGAGAUUUCUUGGCAAGAUUUGCUCAGAGGUGGGUUUGCUUUGUCUUGAUUGUGACUUGCCCGAGGUCAUCCAGUGGAUUUCCAUGAUCAAACAAGGAUUCAAACUCUAGUUCCAAAGUAAUAGUCUUGUACUCAAAACACUAUACUUGAGAUCUACCUGAAAGCCUUUAGAAUUUUAGCCAGAUCAGUGUAAUGCCUUGAGCUAGAUAGUGCCAUAGUGCUACAGAGUUUCAUUUUUAUUGGAUGAGGUGUUUCCAACAUAUCUAUGUAUUGACAAAUUGCUGGGAAUAUUAGGAAGUAAUAGGCUAUUUAGAGGUUGUGUAUCACUUAAUUAUGCAAGAUAUCUGCAAGGCGCAAUUCUUGCAGUCUACUUUUUGGCUAACUCCAGCUAACAGUUCUCAGAUUUCUGUCUCUGUUUACUGUUAAUCCCGAAUUUGAACAGGGAACUUGUUUCAGUCUCAUCCCCAAACUCUAAUGAUGACUCAAAACAAUCAUUUGAUUAAAUGCAGGUGGCUUAAUUGUUCAGAAUUAUUGUUAGAAGAGCAAAAGGAAAGGCAUUUCCCCCUUGGUAUUUAUUUUCUAGCUGCGUAUCUUAAAUCAGUGAUGGGGAAAACUGGGUCCCUCCUGAUACUGUGGACUACAGAUUCUACAUUUGUUUACCAUUGACCAUACUGUAAAACAAUGGCAGUCAUAGGCUGAAAGAUCAGACAAGUAAAAUUUCACAUAUUUAAUAUUUAAGUGAAUAUAGUGCCGCCUUCCUGGCUUCAUUACAGACCACAUAGGUUUCCAUUCCCAUAUUUUGUUCUCAUAGGGAUUGGCCCUAAACAGUUUGGGGGGAUUGCAUAGUCCUUCAGAUGUGGUUGGAUUGCUGUUUUCAUCAGUCCUAGCCAUAACCAAAUGCUAGGGGCUGCAGGGUCUCCUUCCAAGCAAUAUUUGGAAGGAGACAUGAUUCCCACCUUUGCCAUUAAGUCUGUUCAAAAGCUUAUCAUUGCUGUUUUAGGUAGACAGAAAAAAAAUGAUAAACUAAUCAAACAAUUUUUAAUGAAGAAGAGCAUACAAACUUUGGCUGAGCACACUAGUCUUUCUGAAACAUGCAUGUUCUUGAUUUGGAUCCAAAACAAUUAAGUCUAUGAGAACUACAAUACUGGAAUCCCUGUGGACAUAGGAAUGCCUGUGGAGACCUGGAACUAUUUUUCUUCUUCUAGGUUUACAUGUACUAAAUUGGGACAUUCAAAGGAUUUUUCAUAUGCCUUUUGCAUCUGUUGAACAGAAAUUGCAUAUUGUAUGUAUGAUAUAAUCAAGUUACUACAUACCGAAACAUAUUAUUUUAGCGAUGUCAUUACGUUACCUAGUGUAUUAUUACAUUCUGUGUACUUCAGCAUUACAAAGUACAAGUUGCUAAAGCAGCAGGAAUCUUUUUUUUUUUAGUUACUGUAUUUUAUUAGCAUGAUGUGGAACUCAUCUACUGGUUUUUGCAAUUUAUAAAUAGCAAAAAAAAAUUAAAUACAUUAUGUGCUGUAGUUUGAUGUAUAUUUUACUUAAAAUCCAUAUUCCUAAAUCAUUUGCAAAACUGUACUUUUAUUUGGAAGUCUGAAAUCAUGAUGGGAACUUUGUUGCUCAUUGGGGGAAAUAAUUUCAAUGGAUUGUAUAAUAUGACAUAAUUUAGCUUUUGUUUUGCAAAUGGAUAACACCAGCUAUUAAAGCAUAUUUUAUGAGAAAUGCUUUAAAUCCUGUUUCUCCCCCUGUACACUGUGAAUCUUGAUGCCUCAGUGGACUAAAGUGACAUUCUGCUGCCUGAAGUUCUAACCUAUGCAACCUCAUUCACGUUUUGGUUGAUGUCAAGUAGUUGUAAAAAUUUACGUACUCAGCGUAACAUACAAUGGCACUGAAAUAAAAUAUUAAAGUUCCAUUUAA